AUGUCAACAGCAGUCGGAAACAUCCUGCCACAAGGCGCGGGCUACGGUGUCGUCAUCGGCAUGGGUCUCUUUUUCAGUGUCCUCAUGGUCAGCAUCACCAAACUGCAAACCCGGUACACCUCCCACAAAACUUCUUCCGCGGAAGAGUUCAACUCGGCUUCGCGUAGCGUUCCGCCAGGAUUGAUUGCGGCUGGUAUCGUUUCUGCGUGGACAUGGGCUGCCACAGCAUACAGGUAUGGGGUUAGUGGGCCUUGGUGGUACGCCUCCGGAGCCGGUAUUCAAGUUCUUCUCUUUGCCAUGCUUGCCAGUAAGCUCAAGCAGCACGCCCCAUUCUGCCACACCUAUCUCGAGAUCAUCCAGGCCCGAUGGGGUACCGCCGCCCACUUGGUCUUCAUGUUCUUUGCCUUUGCUACCAACAUUAUCGUCUCGACAAUGCUCAUUUUGGGCGGUUCCGCUACCGUCACUUCGCUCACCGGCAUGAACACUGUCGCUGCCUGUUUCCUCAUCCCCCUCGGUGUCUCUAUCUACGUCUUGACCGGUGGUAUGCGAGCCACCCUGAUCGCCGACUACUCUCACACCCUCGUGCUUUACUGCAUCCUCAUCUCCUUCGGCCUCGUCGCCUACGCCACCUCCCCCAUAAUCGGCUCCCCCAGCAAGAUGUGGGAAAUGCUCCAAACAGCAUCCACCAACAACCCCAUCGACGGUAACGCCCAAGGAUCCUACCUCACCAUGCGCUCCAGGUCGGGUAUCAUCUUUGGUGUACUCAACAUUGUGGGCAACUUUGGUACCGUUUUCAACGACCAGGCGUAUUGGCAGAGGGCUAUCGCGUCGGACCCGAGGACGAGCGUCAAGGCAUUCUUGAUGGGCGGUGUCUCUUGGUUUGGUAUUCCGCUCAGCAUCGCGACCUCGCUCGGUCUUGCGGCUAUUGUUCUUGCCCAUGGUGACAACCCUGUCAUCACCCUCACCUCUGACGAAGUUGGCGCCGGUCUGCCUGCAGUGAAGGCCGCGGCCGCAUUGAUGGGCAAAUCAGGAGCCACAGCAAUGCUCAUCCUCCUCUUCCUUGCCGUCACUUCUGCCGCCUCUGCCGAGCAGAUCGCCGUCUCCUCCCUCUUGACCUACGACGUCUACGGUACCUACAUCAACAAGAACCCUUCAGAAAAGCAGAUUCUCUGGGUCUCGCACUUGUGCAUUAUCUCAUAUGCCAUCUUUAUGGGCGCUAUCGCCACCGCUUUCUUUUACAUUGGCGUCAGCAUGGGUUAUUUGUACGAACUCAUGGGCUGUAUCAUCGGCAGCGCCGUCGUCCCCAUCGCCCUCUGCAUCACCUGGAAAAAGACCAACGGUAUGGGUGCAUGCGUCGGCGCCGUGCUCGGUUUCGCAGCAGGCGUCUCCGGCUGGCUCGGUAUUACCGCCCACUUGAACGACGGCGUCAUCAACGUCACUACUACCUUUGGCGACUAUGAGAUGCUCACUGGAAACCUCUUGUCCAUCGGUGUGGGCGGUAUUAUCACGGUCAUCUGGUCGCUUGUCAAGCCUGCAGACUUUGAUUGGGAUAUCACGAGGGCGAUCAACCAGAAGGAAGACUUUACCUUGACUGAGAACGACAAGGCGCCCACUCCUCCGGCUUUCGAGAGUGAAAAGGAAGGAGGUCAGAAGGAGGGUGCAGAGGCUGCGUAUCAGCAGGGAGGUGAGGGGUAUGGCGCGGGGUUGGAAGCGACGAGGACGAGGACGGUGGAAGAGCAGCUGACGGAUAUGGCGCUCGAACAGCAAGAGCUCCAGCAGGCUUUCAGGUUUGCAGCCCUGACUGCACUGUCUUUGGUCUUCAUCCUCAUCAUUGCCAUCCCCCUGCCCCUCUUUUUCAGCUCAUACGUCUGGCCGGUACACGGCUUCACAGCUUGGGUUGUCAUCACACUUCUCUGGCUCUUUGGCGGUCUUUUCAUGGUCGGCAUUUUCCCAAUGUGGGAGGCGAGGAAGGGUUUGAUCAAGGUUGCUGGUGGGAUCUGGAGGGAUAUAACCCGAAGGGGAUGA